UCACUUUUUUCUGUUACUCUAGUUCACUUUUUUGCCAUAAAAUUAUUUGGAGAUGAAAAUUUAAAUAAAAUUGAUUGGUUAAAGUCAAUAUAUCAAAUGAUUAGUUUACCUUUAAUUAUGUUGAUUGGGGCUGAGUAUGGAUGGAGAACGGCUUUUUGUUUAUUUUUAUUUCCGGUGACAGACUUUUUCUUUCAAAAUGACAUCAAAAAUUGGUGUUGGUUAAUGAGUUUAUUGGCUGCUUAUUGUUUUUAUGCAACAGGAAAUCAAAGAACUUUAAAUUCAAUUCCUUGGCGUGCGGCUUUUGUUGUUUUACCUGGAAAUUUUGCUUUUAAAUGGGUUCCUGCUUCUUUUAUUUUGACUGCAAUGUUUUUUGGACAAUUAUUAGCUUCUUUAAUGGCACAUAUGAAAGAAGAGGAAACGGCCCCUUUUUAUUUAAUUUUGUUUUUGGCAAUUAAAGUAGGCAAUAUGAUUUUAUUUUUUAAAUUUAAAUAA